AUGUUUCGAACAGUAAUUUUACGAAGUGACGUUGCCAGAGAAAUUUUAAGAAAAUCUCUUAGAUCAAAAUCUUUUAGAAAUGUUUCAAUCGAAUGUGGAAAACGAAGACAUUAUCACAGAUCUCUAUUUGGACCGCAACAUUCCAAAAUAUUACAGAACUUAAUUACUUCAGAACAAAAUUUUGUUAGAUAUUAUGCCAGUAAUCUUCCCAGUCAUACAAGAGUCACCCUUCCAGCUUUAUCACCUACUAUGGAACUUGGAACUAUAGUUAGUUGGGACAAAAAAGAAGGUGAUAAAUUGAAUGAGGGUGACCUAUUAGCUGAAAUUGAAACAGAUAAAGCCACUAUGGGUUUUGAAACUCCAGAAGAAGGAUAUCUUGCAAAAAUUCUCAUUCCAGCCGGGACUAAAGAUGUUCCAAUUGGAAAGUUGGUCUGUAUUAUUGUCGAAAACGAAUCCGAUAUAGCUGCCUUUAAAGAUUUCAAAGAUGAUGGUGGCAGUGCUCCACAACCAGCACCAGCUGCUGCACCUACUGCGCCAGCCCCAACACCUGCGCCUGUGGCACCAUCACCUGCAGCACCGUCGGCUGCAAUGCACGCACCUGCAACAGUGCCCGCUGUACCUGAACCUUCUGCUACAGGUAGGGUGUACGUCAGUCCCAUGGCAAAGAGGUUAGCUGAACAGAGGAAUAUCAGGUUACAAGGCAAAGGUUCUGGUUUAUUCGGUGCUAUAACUUCCUCUGACUUAGGAUCACUAGAAACAGCUCAAGCUCUCUCUCCUGCUGCAGGUCAAAAAGGUCAACUUCCAGCUGCAGCUGCACCUUCCACCGGAAGUUUUCAAGACAUCCCCCUUACUGGUAUGAGGACGACAAUUGCCAAGAGACUGCUACAAUCCAAACAAACUAUCCCUCACUAUUAUUUGUCUGUUGAAAUAAACAUUAACAAGUUAAUGACUACUAGGGCGGAGUUUAAUAAAAAAUUAGAAAAGGAAGGAGUCAAACUGAGCGUUAACGAUUUUAUUAUCAAGGCUGUGGCACAAGCUAGUUUAAAAGUUCCAGAAGCGAAUUCAUCAUGGAACGAAACCUCGAUAAGGCAGUACAGGAAUGUAGAUGUCAGUGUUGCAGUUUCGACAGAUAAAGGUUUGAUUACUCCCAUUAUAUUUGAAGCCGAGAGGAAAGGCCUUGCGGAAAUCAGCAAAACCAUGAAAGGUCUAGCUGCUAAAGCGAGGGACGGCAAACUUCAACCUCAGGAAUUCCAAGGGGGUACGAUUAGUAUAUCAAACUUAGGAAUGAUGGGAAUCGAUCAGUUUUGUGCGGUUAUUAACCCGCCUCAGAGCUGUAUUUUGGCCAUUGGAAGCGCUACCAACAGGUUGAUUGAAGAUGCCUCUUCAGACAAAGGUUUUAAAUCUGCCCAAUUCCUGCAAGUGACCUUGAGUUGUGAUCAUCGAGUUGUUGAUGGAGCUGUGGGUGCAAGGUGGCUACAAGCUUUCAAGCAGUACCUGGAGGAUCCGGUGUCAAUGAUCAUGUAA